UUCGAAGAUCGUGACAAUCUCCGUCUUUAUUCAAUGAAUCCAUCGACCUGGAUUUAUUUGGAUUUAUUUCAAUGUACUUACGAUGAUAUUAUCAAACAUGUCGCAGUGGUUCCUUAAUUACGCGGACGUGUCGGUACCUGUCAGCAGUGGUGCUCAUCUAGAUUAGAUGAGUGUAAAGUCUCCUAAUGGUAGAUAACGACCUUUGACAUUGUCGCGGAUUCUCAUACACAAUUCGUAUCGUCAAAACAGUCCGACGGAUACCGAGCCAUAGGUGGGAGCAAGGAGCACAGCCUUCCUUGCCGAUGCUUUCGAGCAUCACAUGUACGGCAUGACCAGUUGAUGGGAUAGGUCUAGGUUUUCAGAGGUCCACGUCAACCAUAGUGUCGGCGUUUUCUUAUUCUCUAAAAUCUCAGAAUCGCAGGCUGAACUGGUCCACGUAUGGGGAAUAUUGGGCCGCAAGGUGACGACGGGUGGUUUGUGACGUAGCAGGUCUCCCGCCAAUAGGCCAAUGGUUCGCCUCGCGAUCCGACACCUACCCCAGUCGUCUCCAGCGUAUCGGAUCGCGACCUUGUCACUAGAUACCAUAAUUAUACAAAGCUUGGCACGACUGCACAAGGCGGUCAGUGCCUAGUGAAAUGAAGAUGGUCUUUUUAAAAUUCUUUCGACCGACUUUUGUUUUCCUCUCCUACUUCUCUUUUCCUCUCUUGUCUUAUGUCGUCGUAUCGGCUAGCAACUUCCCUUGUCCAUGUGGGAGAGGUGCGAUGAGGCUCGGCCUCCGGCCGGGCAGGAUCCCGACGUCGUCGGCCUGGGGACCCUGAUCGCUUGCGCCGGUUCCGCCUCUAUCGCGGUUCUGUGCUUAAUCGUUCAGUACUUGUUUUUCUAUCUUCCUCGGGGCGAGGACGAGCAGCAGCCGCGUGCUUCUAAUCCGAUAGACGUCCUCUUAGUAGGUUGGCUCCGGAAGCCUCUUAGGUAUUUAGGUAUUAGGGCCAAUUCGCCAGCCACGCUCCGGCAACGGGAGCGAAGGUGGCCUGCGGCUCUCGAUCGGUAUGUCUUGGCUCUAGGCGAUGUCCAGCUUGCGAUGGGAUUCGCGAUGCUCGCAUACGGCUACGCAUCGUUGAUCGAGCAAGGCUUGUCAAUGUAUCACUGGUGGCUUAUUGUGGGACUUGUCUGGUUUUCAGUAGUAACGAAUCUAGCAACAACCUCGUAUCUACGCACCUAUUUCGUCAAUAGAGAUCCUGGCGAGCGAUGGUGGAGAAUUAUUCUUCUAAUCUUUCUUGUUGUGGUGCUCAGCUUUUCCAUGGUGCCGAUUUACCAGAUCAAAGAGAGGCUUGCUAAUGAGCACGAUGAGGAUGUACAGCGCAGGAUUAUUCUUACGACGAACGUACUCUGUUACUUCCCAGGACAUGGCGCCAAAUUUGACACCCCGCAUUUUCGAUCCGGUGUCACGCUUGUCGGUAUUGUCGUCGGCGUCGGAUUGGCCCUCUUUGGAGUUUUACGGAUCUAUGAGAGACCUCGUAGCGUCAUUUUCAAGUGGCGCGACCAUUACAGGGGGGAAAUGGAGCGGUCGUUUUUCGGGGAUGGAGACAACAUCAUAACUUGCAUUCGCUGCGAGCAACGACAUUUGCUGCUCGUAGUCCGUCCCGUCCUCGCACUUUGGCUUGUUCUACGACUCUACGCCGACCUUCUAAACUCUGUUUUAACCGAAAUCAUCUGCGCUGCGGCUACAUUUACCUGGGUGGUCGUGCGUUUCAUUGACGUGCUACGGUUGGGCGGCACUUUGGAAAUCGACAGUCACCAUUGGAAUUUUGGGCAGAUUGUCGCCCUUGCUUUCUUCGCGGCGCCACUUGGCUCGUUAGCAAGUUGCUUAUGCGGCAUUAUUGGAAGAGUACGCUUUAGUAAUGACAUUUUCAAGUGUCCCAAGCUACAGAAGCCGAGAUGGUUACAAAAGCUUGGCAAAACGUCUGAGCCGGAACAGAUAUCAGAAAACGAGACGGAUCAUCAUAGCAUCCAACCAGAAUCCGAGCGUACGGAAGAAACUAAUGGAUUAGCCGCGAAGGAUCCUACAGAGACCGUGGAGAAUAACCAUGAGGAACAGGGGCUCGAGGAGAGAACUCAUCUGGAAAGUGGUGUUGAUGACUUAUCAAAGAGCAUAGAUUAUGUGAAUACCUACAAGGUGCUUCUUUCGCCUCGGUUUAUCGUCGCGCUUCCAGUCAUGGGCUUCUCGAAUCUACUGCACCUCGUGCUACUGCUGCUAUUACCGAAAGUGCCCGGUUAUCCGUCACCCCCCGAUGUACUCUGGCGGACCAUUUUCUGGUACCUGGUCUAUCAGCCGUUACUUCUGUUCGCUUUUUUCCUCGCCGGAAUGGUAGUGGAGGAAAGAGUUACAAACGAGGGAAGAAUGCGAGUCGCGUAUUCGAUAAUUGCCGCUGUUACAGCUGUACUAUCUACAGCAGCUAUUCUUGAUACGCUCUAUGGCCUUGGCGGUAUUCCGAUGUCAUAUAUAGGCAUGGGAGCGCUAGGUCUGGUUCUACUCGUCUAUCUCUUAUAUGGGUGCGUGGCUCGGCCUGGCCCCCUAGCGAAAGGCAAGGGCCGGAGGAAUGGGGACAUCGAAGAAGCUCAACCACUCCUCGGCGGUACGCUUGAAGAUGUCAGGAGGAGGUUCAUACCAGAAAUUCGCAUCUUUCCAGUUCGGAGACCAAAGCGGUGGCACGGCCCUUCAAGGAGACCUCAGGCGACAAGAGGAAGGAGAGGCUACGGCACAAUCGAUUAAGACUCGGGCACUAUGAUAACUCGACAAUGAAAAUAACGGCGGAUGGCGGCACGAUUGUAUAAAGUUUAUUGGUUUAUAUCCCCUUCGAGUCUAGGAUUGGAGGCAUUGGGUUUCAUAUGUAGAAUGAAGAAUGAAUCACGAGAGACGUCAAUAGAAGUUACGUACAUAGAUACUCUUAUGAAUAUUCAUGCCUCUGGAGAACGGUCGAUAUAUAUUUAAUGGGAAAGAUGAACGUCGUAACAGCCUAUGAUGCUUAUAUUGAAGACGCCAAAUUCUUGCCGGUCAUUCCAAC